AUGGCGACCGCCGGGAGGGGGGCUUCCCCGGAGACUCCCCAGACGCCCGCGGCGCCGUUGGGUGGGGCGGCCCCAGUGGCCAGAGCGGGGUGCGGGCCGGGCGGCGGCUGGGACCGUGACGCGGCCGUGUGCGUCCGUGUCCGCGGCGGCCGUGCGGGGUCCGGGUGCGCCCGCGGCGGGGACGACCGGUGCCGGCGCCGUGCGGGCGACACGCGCGUCUCUGCGGGCUGCGCGGGGUCCGCGGAGCGGCUGGGGGCGCGCGGCGCGGUUGGGCCGGCAAAUGCCAGGGGCAGCUGGCACAGCUGCUCACGCACCUCUCGGACCCCAGUCCUCCUGACCGACAAGGAGGGGGGGCAGCUGCCACCAGACGAGGCGCUCGACGAGGCCGUGCCGGAGUACCGGGCCCCGGGGAGGAAGAGCCUCCUGGAGAUCCAGCAGCUGGACCCAGAUGACCAGAGCCUGGCCAAGUACAAGCAGGCGCUGCUGGGGCCCCUGCCUCCCGUGGCGGACCCAAGCCUGCCCAACGUGCAGGUGACCAGGCUGACACUGAUGUCCGAGCAGGCUCCAGGGCCCAUCACUAUGGACCUCACAGGGGAGCUGGCUGCGCUGAAAAACCAGGUGUUCAUCCUGAAGGAGGGUGUGGAUUACAGAGUGAAGAUCACCUUCAAGGUCAAUAAGGAGAUCGUCAGUGGCCUGAGAUGUCUGCAUCACACCUACCGCCAGGGCCUGCGUGUGGACAAGGCCGUGUACAUGGUGGGCAGUUACGGCCCGAGCGCCCAGGAGUAUGAGUUCGUAACUCCGGUGGAGGAGGCGCCGCGGGGCGCGCUGGUGCGGGGUGCCUACGUGGUCACAUCCUUCUUCACCGAUGACGACAGGACGGACCACCUGUCCUGGCAGUGGGGCCUCCAAAUCUGCCGAGACUGGGAGAGCUGAGCACCACCCCUGCCUGGGGCUGUCUUCCCACUCGGGGUCCUUGUCUCCCCCGCCUGUCUGUCACUGCACAGGGACCCCCAUGCACUCCCCCACCCCCUCUGUCAGUGACCAGACCCUCCAUGCCCUCUGCCCUGUCCUGGGACCCCUCCUCCCUGGGCCUGGCACUGUGCCCUGAACAGCCCUAUUAAACGUGGCCCUGUCUCUGUGC